GGCUCUCACCUUUGUCUAUCCUUUUGGUGCCACAUUGAGUGUCAUGAAACCAGCAGUGGCUGUUUUGUCCACAGGCUCUGUCUGUUUCCCGCUUAACAGACCCAUUCUGGCUUUCUAUCACUCGAAGAACCAAGGUGGGAAGCUGGCAGUGCUUGGCUCAUGUCACAUGUUCAGUGACCAAUAUUUGGAUAAAGAAGAAAACAUCAAAAUCAUGGAUGUUGUUUUCCAGUGGCUCACAACGGGAGACAUCCACCUAAACCAGAUAGAUGCUGAGGACCCAGAGAUUUCCGACUACAUGAUGCUGCCCGACACAGCCACCCUGUCAGAGAGGCUUCGAGUGUGUCUCCAGGAAGGCGAUGAGAACCCAAGAGACUUUACCACCCUCUUCGACCUGUCCAUUUACCAGCUGGAUACCACCUCCCUCCCCAAGGUCAUCAAGGCCCACGAACAGCUAAAUGUGAAACAUGAACCUCUCCAGCUCAUCCAGCCUCAGUUUGAGACGCCACUGCCAGCCCUUCAGCCAGCGGUGAGUAGGUGUGCUUACCCUUACCUUGCCAACUAGGCCAUCAGCUGGGUUCUUCCGCCAAGCAUGUGGAUAUGUACACCUUAUGUUACGGCAGUUCUCACAGAGUCACGUUGCUCUGGCUCUGAACAGGCAGGGACCAGACCAUUAGUAUUCCGUAAGGCCUUCCACUGGCUGUAGCUCCCAACCGAGAGAUCAAGGGUGUGGACUUUGGUGGCUGUUAAGCAUUUCCCAUCUUGUGUAGUUGGAGGGCCUAUAUGAGAGGAGAAGUCCUUGGUGAAAAGGAGGAAAUGGUUUGCACUGCAGCUUUCCAGGCAACAGGUGCUCAGGUUCAUGGCACAGAUUCAUAGCGUCCUGGGCCGGGGGGGGCAGGUGUUCACAAGUUACUUUCAACAUUCCAGUCCAGCAGGAACUCACCUUACCUUCAAAACCAUCCUAUCCCACCACAUUCUGGAAUGUUAUGAACUACUUGGCUUCAUUUUGGUAGCUUGAAGUGGGCCAUGGUGGGAGUAUUUACAUUGCAGAAAAUGACAAAGGCUACAGAGCAGACCUGUGUGUUUUGUCUUGAAAGCUGAUAGUGCAACAUUUCUCAGCACACCACUGGCUCAUACCUGUGAAUUCUGGCUCCAGGUUUAGCACUUUCUACAUGAAUCUAUAGAUCUGCUUCCCCAAUUUCUGUCCCUAAUGAACUCAUGGGUAAAUGAGAAACACACUGUACAGAGAAAUGUUCAAAACAAA